AUGCUGGGAUCUAACCCAGUUUCGGGGCUGCUGCUAGCGUCCCUGGUCCUCUAUGCACCUCUCGCUGCCAGCCGCGGCGCAUAUGAUGACGCAGCUUCUGUUCAAAACACCAAUAUCGGUGAUGGCGCUGCCACCGAAAUCAAUGGAAGUGGUCGAUACUGCCACUGGUUUUGCUAUUCUACUGAAGACGGUGGUGUCGGGGGCUCAAAGUCCAGUGGCGGUAGCAAAUCGCAAGCCAGUGGUAGCGAUGACUGGGAUCAAAAGGCGCCUGGUGGUAGCGGCUCUCGCGAUGGUACCACUGGAGGCUAUGGAAAUCCUGCUAUGUACGACGGCUCCAAGCCUAAGGGUGGCUAUGGCAGCGGCGGCGAUUCCUGGGAUAGAAAGAAUCCUGGCGGUGGUGGCUCUGGAGGAGCCCAGUAUGCCUUCGGCGGCGACAACGUGUCGACUGGUAGUGAAGGCAAGUACUGCGGUUGUGGUGCACCUAUUCCUGGUUGA